ACGUUAUUAAUUCCUGCCUAAAUUCGUCACUUGGAAAGUCCGGGGGAAAGUCACAAUCGCGUCAAUUUAUAGAACCCACCAACAAUCAGAAGCAAACCAAACAACAACUACGAUGGCGACGAGUAUCAGUGACUGCAUGAAAGAAUGUUGUGAUUUGACGAAGAUUUCAACCAAGAAGUGUCAGCGGUUAAACGGUUUGAGCUAUACAUGCCCGCAAGAAGCUCCCGGGAGAUGACGCUGCCGUUUCUGGUGUCCAGUUUGUGAUUAUCAAGCAGACGUACAUCCCAAUGAGCCGAUGUUUACACAUGUGCACAAGCCAAUGGAGGAUAGCAACGUUGCUGAGUUGCUGGAGGAGGGCGCUGUAGUGAUCGCACAAUCCCUCUUCGAGAAAGGUCAACACCUUGUGGCGCUAUCAUACUUGGCCAGAGCAAAAACACCAAACGCUCUCUUCGCGAAAGCAAUGAUGCUCCAUGUGUUGGCAUCUAUGGAGACAGAGGGUAAGCCACUUGAUGAGAUCACAGUAGACACACUGAAGAAGCAAGGAGAUUUCUUGGACCAGUCCAAACACACUCUCUUCCUUACAAUGGAGAGCAUAGCUAGGGAACAAACGAAUCCGCUCCAUGAGAUAAUCCAGACUCUCCUGGAGGAGAUCGAGGCGGAGCAAGCCUCUAUCCUGGAGCAGAUAUCUGCCCUAGAGGCCAACAACAACCCAGACAUCUCCAACCUUUCUUCCAUCAGACACAGCUCCAUCAUUGUAGAGAGCACCAGUAGCUCCCGCCGUAACAGGCCCUUAAAUGGCUACAAAUGGCUAUUCAGGGAUGUGAUGCAGAUAGAGAACAGGACCCUGUCACAGUCUCAGCACCCUGAACAACUGUGUCCUGUCCCGAGCCGUUGUUAUCUGGCAGCCCUGAAACUGUCUCACUCACAUCUCCUUGAGCAGAAUCAAAGACUGAUAAAGAGAGAAGAUAAGAUCAUUGAAUCAAACGCUGAACUCAAGAAAUCUUACGCUGAGCUCACGGAACAAGUCCUUCAACUCACCAAAGACCUUCAAGAGAUCAAGCUUCAAAAAGCCGAAGCUCACAACCAGGCCCCCACUGCAUCGACCCCCACUGCACCAGCCCCUUCCAUACCAGCUCGUGCCAAACCAGCCAGCCAUAGUGUGCCUGGGACACCAUCGCCAGCCCCCCAAGCCACUUCAUCCCCUCAGCUGCCCCAGCAAGCUCCCCAGCAAGCACCCCAGCAACCCCCUCAGCAGCCUCAGCACCCGCUGGCUUCCAGACAAAGUUCUCCAUCCCCCUCGGCUGCAGCCAGACCUACCCCUGCAGCCCCCGCCCAGGUACCCAACAGGGGUUUCGUCAGCACCCCUGAGAGGGGCAUCGAAAACGUGACUCCACCCGUGGUGGCCACACCGGGACUGAGCCCCUUUGCAGGGACACCAACCAAACCACUGGGCACAGGAGGAGAACCAAGCAAAGCGAGCCUCCAGCCACUGGGGAUUGCCAAUCAGAAUAUGACUGACAGACAGAGGCUGACUAUGAUGGCAGUUGCUGCUGCUACGGGAGGGGGUUCCCCUUCCCCUGCGUCACUUCAUACUUCUGCACCACCUCAGCCAAAGACACAGUUCACAGGAUUUGCUCCCAGCCCCGCUUCUGCCACCUCAAAACCAAGUCCAGGCGUCGGCGGCUUCUCAUUCUCUACUUCUGCACCACCUCAGCCAAAGACACAGUUCACAGGAUUUGCUCCCAGCCCCGCUUCUGCCACCUCAAAACCAAGUCCAGCCGUCGGCGGCUUCUCAUUCUCUACUUCUGCACCACCUCAGCCAAAGACACAGUUCACAGGAUUUGCUCCCAGCCCCGCUUCUGCCACCUCAAAACCAAGUCCAGCCGUCGGCGGCUUCUCAUUCUCUACUUCUGCACCACCUCAGCCAAAGACACAGUUCACAGGAUUUGCUCCCAGCCCCGCUUCUGCCACCUCAAAACCAAGUCCAGCCGUCGGCGGCUUCUCAUUCUCUACUUCUGCACCACCUCAGCCAAAGACACAGUUCACAGGAUUUGCUCCCAGCCCCGCUUCUGCCACCUCAAAACCAAGUCCAGGCGUCGGCGGCUUCUCAUUCUCUACUUCUGCACCACCUCAGCCAAAGACACAGUUCACAGGAUUUGCUCCCAGCCCCGCUUCUGCCACCUCAAAACCAAGUCCAGCCUUCGGCAGCUUCUCAUUCUCUACUUCUGCACCACCUCAGCCAAAGACACAGUUCACAGGAUUUACUCCAUGCCCUGCUUCUGCCACCUCCAAACCAAGUCCAGCCUUCGGCAGUUUCUCCUUCUCGCCAAGCACUGUCAAACCGCUGCCCUCUUCAGCCAAGCCAGCCACCACUUGUUCUGCUGCAUCCCCAUUCAAUGGCUUCUCCACAUCUGCUCCUUCAACAGCGGGUGUCUUCAAGCCUGCAGCACCUUCAAAGGCCACUCUCCAGCCUGCAGCAGCUCAGCCAAAGAUACAGUUCACCGGAUUUACUCCCAUCCCCGCUUCCGCCGCCUCAAAACCAAGUCCAGCCUUCGGCAGCUUCUCCUUCUCGCCAAGCACUGUCAAACCAGCGCCCUAUAUAGCCCAGCCAGCAACCACUUCCUCCUCUGCAUACCCAUUCACUGGCUUCUCCUUCGGCAUGUCCACCACCAUGUCUGCUCCGUCAACAUCCACCUUAUCAACAGCGGGUGUCUUCAAGCCUGCCGGGCCUUCAAAGGCCACUCUCCAGCCUGCAGCUGCAGCAGGGGGAUCACCAGUGGUCUUUGGCAAGCCUAACCCUAGCCAAGAGGCGGCAAGGUCUGCGUCACCGGUGUAUCCAGGGUUCUUUUCCUCUCCGAAGGGAUUUGCCGGAACUCCUCCUCAGGGUGAUCAGACGGUACCACCGUCAAGGAAGCUGGGACAGAGUCCUCUGGUCAAGGCGGCUGCAUCGCCCAAAGUAGCAGACACACCCAAGUCUGUAUCCUUCAAGUCAGAGGGUGAAGACAAUGAUGUAAUCUUCGUCUCCAUGACCCAGCCAACUCCUGGGCAGCGUGCUAGAGCUGAGAAACUCAAGCUCCCUGGUGGUUUCUAUCUUUACGAGAAUGCCCCUCCCUGCAAGGGAUGUAUUGGAUGUAUCGAGGACCUCGAUUUAGAUUCGCUUUUCCAGAAAGGUGGAGAUGGAAAGGCAUCAGCACCGGCAGUCAGACCCAAAGACAAUGAUGUAAUCUUCGUCUCCAUGACCCAGCCAACUCCUGGGCAGCGUGCUAGAGCUGAGAAACUCAAGCUCCCUGGUGGUUUCUAUCUUUACGAGAAUGCCCCUCCCUGCAAGGGAUGUAUUGGAUGUAUUGAGGACCUCGAUUUAGAUUCGCUUUUCCAGAAAGGUGGAGAUGGAAGGGCAUCAGCACCGGCAGUCAGUCUUGCACUCAGGGGAAGCAUGUUUGGAGGUGGUGACAUAGAAGGAGCAAUGUCAUUUGCAACUUUAGCAGCCCACCAAAGAGACGGAUUUGAACAGCCUUUUGGCAAAAAGGCAUCUGACAAACCAUUCGCCUUUGCCCACGCCGGGGCCCCUGUCUUCGGAGGCAGUGGUGUUUCCCACGGCGGCAACGACGACUCGUAUGGCGGCGGCGGGGAGUACAAUCCCCACUACGAGCCCAUCGUGUCCCUCCCCGACAUAGGCAGCAUCAGCAGCGGGGAGGAGGAUGAAGACGAGAUGUUCCGCCACCGGGCCAAGCUCUAUCGCUAUGAUCGCGACAACAAGGCGUGGAAGGAGCGCGGCGUCGGGGACAUCAAGGUCUUGAGGAACCCCAAGACUGGCAAUGCUCGCAUUCUCAUGAGGAGGGAUCAGAUCUUAAAGCUUUGUGCCAACCACUGGAUCACAGCAGACAUGGUCCUCAAGCCGAUGAUGGCUUCGGAGACUGCAUGGAUCUGGUUCGCUGUGGACUUCUCAGAGGAGGAGGCCAAGACUGAGCAGCUGGCCGUCAAGUUCAAGCAUGUCGAAGAUGCCAAGCGCUUCAAAGAAUGUUUCCUUGAGGCUCAGGAACUACUAGGGGUCAAGGAAGAAAAGGAGGAGGAGGAAGAAGAAGAGGAGGUCUUCAGUAAGACCACAGAGAGCAAGUCCCUAAGAGCCUCGGAAGCUAACCCACAGCUUACAAGCCUUCUAAUGGGAAACAAUAAACUCUCAAUGGGGAAAGGGUCAUCCGCCAGUCAGAAAGCAAAGCUUGCCAAUAAACCUGGUUCAUGGGACUGCGAUGACUGUUAUUCUAACAAUGCAGCUGAGUCUCCUGCUUGCGUUGCCUGUACUGCACCCAAGCCAGGUGCCAAGGCAGUGCCUUCCUCUGGUGCUAAGGGUGCCACUGCGGGUGCUGGUCCUCUUAAGACAGGUUCUACAGUAGCAGCAAAGUUUGCCAAUAAGCCUGGGUCAUGGGACUGUGACGCCUGUUUCACUAACAAUAAAGUGGAGUCUAUUGCCUGCGUUGCAUGUACUACACUGAAGCUAGGUACAGAUCCCAAACCAUCUACCGGCGCUAGCGCGAGUACAGGUGCUGUCGGAGGUGCCUUUGCUUCUCCAUCGAGGUUAAAUUUCGGAUCCAAACCAAGCGGUGCAAGUACUGGAUUUUGUUUUGGAAGUCCUCCAACCGCCGGAAGCACCGCUGGUAGUUGUGUCGCCUUCAAGAUACCUGCUGGGUUCAGCUUGUCUAGAAGUUCUUCCACCUCGAAAGGUGCCACCCCGGACUCAAAAACCACUGAUGGUGCUGCACCGUCAAGUGUAGCAUUCAAGGUUCCUGCAGGAUUCAGCCUCUCAUCUCAGUCGACACCUUCAACCGGAUCCGUCUUUAGAGAAAAGAAGGACGACACCCAGAAGCCUAAGGAGAACGACGGUGCCACAAAGACACCUUCAACCGGCUUCACAUUUUGUGCAGCAGAUAGCAAUGAGGCAGCACCAUCAACUUCUACCGGUGCAACCACUCCAGGUGGUACCCUGGUCACAGACAAGUUCACCUUUGGCAAACACAUGCCUAAGUUCUCCUUUGGUAGCAAGGACAAAUCCAAGUCUAAUGCAGGGUUCGCCUUCGGUCAACCAGAUGCACCAGAUGCGGGUGAAACCAAGAAAGGGUACUCAUUCACUGACAGGUUCACCUUUGGUAAACACAUACCUCAGUUCUCCUUUGGUGGCAAGGACAAAUCCAAGGCUGAUUCAGGGUUCCCCAUCAUUUUUCCUUUAGCUGAACCAGAAGCAGGUGAAACAAAGGAAGGGUACCCAUUCUCGAGUGCCCUCAACUCCUCGAUCUCUGAUUCCGAAUCCAAAGCAGACGCCUCAUCAGCAUCCUCUACACCAAGCAAACCCGCUCUGACCCUCACCGACAUAGCCGAGUCUCAGGGUUCGUCCUUCACGUUCCGUAUAGACCUCAAUGCGGUGACUGCCAAGAGCCCCAUCAAGUCCCCCGGAGGAGCCAAGUCUCCAGGCGUGGGAAGGUCUCCGAAGACCUCCUUCUCCAGGGGAGGUAGGACACUGUCUGGAGGCUCCGUCGACGACGUGGAGCAAGUGGAAGAUGUUUACUUUAAGCCCAUCUUCCAGAUGCCAGAAGAUUAUGAAGUCAGGACGGGAGAGGAAGGAGAAGAAGUGAAGUUCAGUCACCGAGCCAAGUUGUACCGUUACGAUGGUGAUGCAAAGGCAUGGAAGGAGAGAGGUAUAGGAGACAUCAAGGUCCUCUACAACGCUCAAGACCUUGCGUAUAGGAUCAUUAUGAGGAGAGAACAGUCAUCAGCCAGUCUUGCAGCAAGGCUUGCUAAUAAACCUGGUUCAUGGGACUGCGAUGCCUGUUACUCUAACAAUGCAGCUGAGUCUCCUGCCUGUGUUGCAUGUACUGCACCCAAACCAGGCGCCAAGGCGGUGCCUUCCUCUGGUGCUAAGGGUGCCACUGCCGGUGCUCCUAAGGCAAGUUCUACACUUGCAGCAAAGUUUGCCAAUAAGCCUGGGUCAUGGGACUGUGACGCCUGUUACACUAACAAUAAAGUGGAGUCUUCUGCAUGCGCUGCAUGUACAGCACCAAAGCCAGGUACAGAUCCCAAACCAUCUACCGGCGCUGGUGCCAGUACAGGUGCCGUCGGUGGUGCCUUUGCUUCUCCAUCGGGUUUAACCUUCGGUGCUAAGCUGAGUGGUGCAAGUACCAGAUUCGGUUUUGGAAGUCCUCCAACCGCCGGAAGUACCGCUGGUAGUGGUGUCGCCUUCAAGGUACCUGCUGGGUUCAGCUUGUCUGGAAAUUCUUCUGCCCCGAAAGGUGCCACCCCUGACUCAACAACCACUGAUGGUGCUGCACCGUCAAGUGUAGCAUUCAAGGUUCCUGCAGGAUUCAGCCUCUCUUCUCAGCCGACACCUUCAACCACUGAUGGUGCUGCACCGUCAAGUGUAGCUUUCAAGGUUCCUGCAGGGUUCAGCCUCUCAUCUAAGUCGACACCUUCAACCGGAUCCGUCUUUGGAGAAAAGAAGGACGACACCCAGAAGCUGAAAGAGACUGGCGAUGCCACUAAGACACCUUCAACAGGCUUCACGUUUUGUGCCGCCGAUAGCAAUGAGGCGGCACCGUCAACUUCUGCCGGUGCAACCACUCCAGGCGGUACCUUGGUCACACACAAGUUCACCUUUGGUACACACAUGCCACAGUUCUCCUUUGGUAGCAAGGACAAAUCCAAGUCUGAUGCAGGGUUCGCCUUCGGUAAACCAGAUGCACCAGACGCUGGUGAAACCAAAGAAGGGUACCUAUUCUCAAGUGCCCUCAAGGUGUUCAAAGUCUGUGCAAACCACUUCAUCACCUCCCACAUAGAGCUUUGUCCAAACUCUGGUUCUGACCGGUCAUGGGUGUGGUCAGCAAUGGACGCUUCAGAAGGAACGGUCCAGAACGAACAACUAGCCGUCCGCUUCAAGACGGCAGACAUGGCCAAAGAGUUCAAGGAGGCUGUCGACAAGGCCAAAGAAGAUUUAGAGAAGGGUGGAGGAAAGGAAAAGAAGACUGAUGGCGCAGACUCUAAAAGUGGCGGGCCGGUAGUCAGAUCAUGUAAUCCUAACCUGUCAUCUGCUCUAGCUGAAGCCAUCAAGGCAUCAUCAGAACCAAAUGCUGCAACCUCAACCAUUCAAUCAAAUCAACUGGAACUGAAGAAGGAAAAUGAGGAAGAAGAAGAAGAAGAGGAGGAAGAGGAAGAAGAAGAUGAGGAGGAAUAUGAUGAUGAAGAGGGCGAUUAUGAAGAUGAAAGUGAGGAGGAGGAGGAAGACGAGGAUGAGGUUUACGAGUACGGUGAGGAUGAUAAUGACAACGAUGAAAGCAAAUCGGAAACCCAGUGAGCUUCUUUGUAGGCUUGGUACGAGAAAAACUCAACAGCAGCGAUAACUCUGAUGGACCCCGGACAUCAUCACCCUCAUCGACCUCGACAUCGUCCACCAAUAAUGCCAGAGAAGAUAGAAUUAGAGGCAUUUAGUGAAAGAUGCGUAGUCAACAAACAAUAUGCAUCCUUAGAUGUUUAUGUUUCCUAUACCCUAUUUUGUAUUUCAUUCCUGAGGUUUUUCAUUAUGAAUCUACCCCCAGUGGAAAGUUUCAUGGAAUGAUUAAUCUCUUUUGUAUAGCAUGUGUUGUUGAAUCGACAUGAAAAUUUAGUAUUUAGAGGAAAUUCUAGCAAUUAUGGCUGACGUGGAGCUCACUGGUGUAAUGUUCCAAGUUAUGAUUGAAAGUGAAUGGGAGAUACAGGUACUUUGUUUGAAUUCUCAUACCGUUGAAACGGUUAUUAAAGGAUGCUAUAGAGAUUGUAAAGUAACAAUGUAAAAGUCUAGUCGCGCCCUUCAGAUACCGGUAAAGAUCAUUAAGCCUUCUUCUCACAUAACAUGGUAAACUGUUUGAAUAUAAAAAGUGCUGUACGAAACUUGAAACAUGUGCAAACAAGUGGCAAGUAGCAGAGAACAAAAAAUCUUGCUGCACGCGCUUUAGCAAUUCAGGGAAUUUAUGGGAUAAAGAAAUGUGAAGAGCACUACUCUUGUGCCAUUAAAUUUUGUUAUGUCAUUUCUUGUUGAGGAGUGGGUUGGCAGUUUACAAUGUUGUGUAGAAUCAUGGCCGAAGAAAUGUAACGAACACUAUACACAUAUACAUGUACCUUCCUAUAAGAAAGGAUCACUGGCAACCGAUGUAUGGUGUGGCCUGCAACACAAAUAACUACUUUUACUACAUAGGACAAUGCUUAUAGGUACAGUGGAUUGACAAUUAUAUACUAAAUUAGUGGAAAGUUGGUUAUGCAGUUGAAGAGAGUUGAGUUCUUUCCUGCAUAUCAUCAGUUUGGAGCCAAAGGGGCGGUAACUCCUGCACUUUGACACGGAGUUCAAGCCCUUCUGGCUCUGAACAGAGGAUGCCAUUACUGAAGAUAAUUUGAAUUUUGUUCACAAGGUUGUCUCAAAAUGCAGAGUCUAUUGGAUUUUAGGCACGUUAGAGGCCUUUGAUUUCUUUGUCACUUUACUUCCUCUUCAGGAGCAUAGAAAAGAAAGAAAAUUAUUAUUUUAUGCUUUGAAUUUUAACCAUUAUUAUCCCUUUUCGUCUUGUAUACAAAUCAUGUGGAUUGCAUACUGACAGUGUAUGUCUUAAUUCCUAUCAUCAAAGUGGAAAUCCUAUUACUGAGAAGUUGUAGUACAAAUAUGCCUCAGCUAUUUAUCCGGUAGUCCCAUACAUUUAUAAUUAUGCUGCAUUGAAAGUAAAUGGCUUCAGAUAAUGGUGUUUCCUACUAAGAUCGAUAAGAGGUUUAAGGACUUACAAAAGAGGCCAGUGUUUAAUAUAAACUAGAUGAUCUUUGCUAUGAACAAUCGUUCUCCCAUGAAAACAUGAAA